AUGACAAAGAGACAGAAGAAUUUUAUCCUAGAAUUUUCUAGACUACUUAUAUGCAUAACUUAUUUCCUUGGGGCAGAAGUAUAUAUUAUGGCUGCUCAUGGCAGUCGCAGGAAUAUUGCAGGGCCAAGUGCUUUGCCUUUUCAAGCGAAUUCAAUGCACAAUCUAGCAAAAGAAGUGGAAAGACUCAGUCGCGCGCGUAGAAAAAACAUACUUGCAGACAAUAAGCUAAAUAUUAAGCAUGAAAGAACUGAAAGUCCUUGUGAUGGGAUCUGCCCAAGAGAGAAGCUUAAAAGGAUAUCCACACAAAAAGAACGCCCAAAUCCUGCUAAAACCCAUUUAGAUUUCGAUUCUGACUACGACCUGCAAGAGAUAGAAGAGUAUUAUAAAGUACCAGCGAACCCAUUUGCUUCAUUUAUAGACCAGCUCCUGAAGAAUGAAAGUUUUAAUGGAAAUAGACAGACUGCAUCUGAUUUAGUCCCUUCUGAUGAAAAGAGCUUAAUAAUUCAUCCUCAGCACGCGUCCUUUCAAAAGGAAAAAAAUUCAAGCACAAUAUUCCAUAACAGAAUACAAAAAGUAGCAUCCUCUCUUAUAGGCAAAGACGUAGAUGAAAAAGGCAAAUUUAACUAUUACUCAAGUCCCAGCAUAAAAUCUGCACAAGAAGAAUCUGCUGCAAUGAGCUGUUCUGAGGGUACAGUUUCUGACUUUUCAGUUAGAACCUGUCUUCUCUCUUAUAGAGCAGGCCUAUACGAGCAUCCAGUACAAAACAGUAGUCUAAGCACAUAUUCAGCAAGUUUGAAUAGUGAUUCGCGCUCAGAUAUAACCCGAAGCGCAAAGAAAAAACUCUCUGAUAGAACUGUCCCCAGAAGCAAAGCAAAUGAUCCAGUAGAUAUCCCCAUAGAGUCAAUGGGCACUCAUUCCCCAGCCAACUACAUAAUACCCAUGAAUGUUAAGAAUAAUUACAAAGAACUAGAAAAUCUUUUUAUAGAAGAAAUAAGCCAAAACCCUCCUGAGUGGAGAUCUCUUUUAUUCGCAGUAAAUCAAUGGAAGGAGGAAAUUAAAAAGAACAAUGCUUUGGCAGAAGUAGACUGCAUAUUUGAGGAGAAAAAGUUAGAAGAAGCUAAGAUACAAAUAUGUUUAGUGGGUUCUGAGUAUAAUCAAAAAAGAAAAGAAUUUGAGGAUAUUUAUGCAGAGAUGCAGUCUAUAGCGACAUGCUAUUUCGAAAAAUGGCAAACCUCAAAGAACAUUAUAAUGGAAAUCAAAAAUGACAUAUCUUAUAACUGCGGUGAUAUAUUAUCCAUACCACAAGGCGAUAAUUACAACUAUAAAAUAACCAAAGAGUCCAUUAGUCUCAUUAAUGCAGAGGUAAUGCCGAUAAUUCGUACUAUGCAGGAAGCUACAGAUUUAUGCAGCAAGAAGAUUAGUGAAUUGAAAAAACUAGAAGAAAAUGCAGAUAAAACCUUGAAUGGAAAUAUAUAUUACCUAGGGGGCCUUAUAGCUGCUCAAAAGGCUGAUAUGUCACGGAUUAAACUAUCAAUAAAGUCCUUUGACCUUCUCAACACUAAAGGGAGUCUAUUAGGGUGUUUGAGAAAACUGGAGCUAGAGCAUGCAGAGAGACUAAAAAAGAAUGUGGAUUUGGCUGAAAGAAGAAUGUCACUUCAUAAGAGAUAUAUAGCGAAUUUAAAGGAUCUUGUUAUUAUAUUAGAGAAUCUUCAUAAUACUAUGGCGAUUUCUGAGCCAAUUCUAAAGAGUCUAACUAAUAUAGCUAUAAAAUUCUAUGCACUAAAAAAAGUAGAAUAUAUUUACACAGAAUCUCUAACAACCAUUAAAGCGAAGCUAAAUAAAGCGGAGCCAAAUAAAGCGAAGAAGUCCAAAUAG